GUCAGUUUGAGGACAAAGCGUGCCGAUUAAGCAGAACCGAAACUUUGGAAGAUUUCAUUUACCAUCUUGACAGGAUGACCAAGUUUUCCAUUGUUGCUAUUUUGCUCGUUGUUUGCUGGGUUUCUAUCGAUACAACUAGCGCAGUGAAGUGUUACUUAUGCACAAAUUGUAACGACCCGUUUGAUAAGGCUGCAAAGUCGGGUAAAACAACAGAGUGCCCCGCUGGCUGUCUUAAAACCAAGGCUGAGACUUCAGAAGUCCAGACCGUCGCUCGCACAUGUGCCGUUGCCGGCCAGACCAAUGGUUGCCAGGAGCAGACUGCACAGGGUUUGAAGGGGAUUAUGUGUGUGUGCAGCGGGGAACUUUGCAACGGCAGCGGCACAGUGUCCAGCAGUCUGCUUGUUAUGGGACUGAUGUCCACCUUCGCAGCAUUCCUCCUCGGAAAGAUGUAACAGAAAGAAAACGGCGGCCUCAGAUAACCUUGUGCGAUCAACAUUUUUUGGUAGUUGGAACGUGAAAUGUUUAGAAACGAUCGAAGUUUUGCAAACUCUCAUUUUUCUUUUUAUUCGUUUUUGAAAUACUAAAUAAGUA